CAUCCAACCUUUGUGUUGACAUUGUUGCAGAUGUAGCCGAUGUGCAUUUUGCCAUGAACACAACGAGGCACAUCUUACUGGGAAUGUGAGCUGCAACUUGUAUUGUGCUCCGUUGUACGCUGACAGCUGAAUAGCAGAUACACCCACUCAACGUAUACGGAAAGCAGCAGCUGGCGCUGUCAAUUUUCUACGGUAGCCUGUGCGGACCAUAUCAUAUGAUGAUAUGUUCGACGAACAUGCAUUGCGUUAUCAAAGAAUAGCGACGUUCAUUUCAUUGUAACCUCGUCUCCCAUCUCUUAUUCUGUUCAGUGUCAGUUCUGUUUCAAACAAUAAUGUAAAUGAAAACAACAACAUGAUCAAAUGUAUUUUUAUUUGCGCAACACCUGCUCAGUGAAAUGCCGGGAAUAGACAAACGUCAUAACUCGUCGCGUACAAUGCGAAAACCCGUCUCUCUGAGCACCUGAUUGUGAAGCAUGAAAUAAACAGCCGCUAAUAGUAUUGAUCUGCAGGUUCUUUCACCAUAGCCCGUCUCGUUUUGUCGGAGCGUGUGUCACUUGACAAAUAAGCUCGAACCAGAACGCAUCAAUCAAUGGGAUAAAACAGCUGAGCAUCACGCCAGGAUACUGUCCAGAGUCAGUAGCAUACUGAGAGCAAGAUGAAGGUAAAGCUGUACUACCAGCUAGGUGGCGUGGUCUUCCUGUUUGGAUUUACCGUCUAUUUGCUUCAUAGAUAUAUCAGCGCCUCUCGUCUCGAAGAAAGGAGCCUGGAGUUACUGCAAGUCAAGAUACAAGACGAACCAGGCUUCCAGUCGCCCCUUCUCAAGUUCUUCCAACUUCACGAUCCUAUUGACAUGAAAUGGCAGCAUGCAUCAUCAUCUGAUCUCGGCAUAGUCGGGGCCAACAGAAUGAUGAGCGUGGACAUUGACAGCAAGACGACUCUCAACCUGUGGAUGGACCACGCCAGGAAAGUCAAGGACGUCGGACUGAAGCUGAACUUCAAGAACAUGAGCGUGCUGGAGACCUGCCUGCUUCAUCUCGACGACAACAAUUACAACAUUCACUACCCAGUCAUCGUCCACGGAGAUGUCGCACUCGAUAACGCUGAAGAACAAGGCGCGCUUCUGGCUGAUGUGUUCUUCUACAAAAUACGAACGACGUACCCGGCAGUUACAUUCAGUGUCGGCCAUAUUCCUUCCUCUGUCACCAACACAGUACACCAGCGGUAUAUGGAGGCGUUAUGGAAACAGAUUCGCAAUUUCAAACAGCCCAUCUUCAUCACAGUCUGUGCCUCGGUCAUAAGAAGGUCAUGGCUUCCGGUUAGAUGGCUACUCAAUCAGUCCCAAGACAUAUCUUUAAUUAUAACUUAUUCCUCUAGUAAUUACUUUUGUUCCGGGGUAUCAGUCUUUGACCUUCUCUUCGUUCGGAACGAUUGGCCGAAGGAGAGGGUGUUUUUUGACAUACCGGAAGCGAAUAUGGACCGCUUCCGGAAAGCCGCAGUAACGGCAGGAAGUCCUCUGCAUUAUUUUGGGCUACAAGAUGCUGCGAAAAUAACGUGGGCUCAUCGUGUGACAAAUAUGAAGUAUUUGAAGGAGACUAUGAAAGGUGAUACGAUGUUUAUAGAAAGUGACGUGCUGCUCGUUAGCCAGGACUCCAAAGAUGACACCGCCAUUCCUAUAAUGGCGCAUCCACCGGAAGUACAUAGUGAUCUGAAUGUCAAGGACUUCUUACGUAUGGCUGGGACUUCCGGUAAAGGCAUCAAGCUGGAUUUUAAAGACUUAGAAUCGGUCGAACCAUCACUGAGACUUCUUGCUGAGAUUAAUAAUGGCGGUGGAAUCACAGCGCCUCUUUGGAUAAACGCUGACAUUUUGACAGGUCCAAAUACAGACAAGAAAGGACUGAACGCGAGCGUGUUUCUCUCGAAAAUAGACGCCAUUUUCCCGGAAGUGACACUUUCACUUGGUUGGACGACAGAAUGGCUCAAAACUGGUGAUAACGUCGGUUAUUCAUUAUCUAUGGUGCAGACAAUGAAUACACACGCCAUCAUGUUACGUCAACCAGUUACCUUCCCCGUUCGAGCCUCACUUGUGCGGAAAUCAUGGGAGAACCUUCUUUGGCUCUUACGCCAGUCACGUGGCUAUUCCCUGACAAUCUGGACGCCCUUCCCAAAUGAGGAUGUUGUUGAACUAGAAGAUAUGCACUUUGUCCGAAAUCAUUCCGAAGCAACGAAAGUUUAUUUUGAUUUGCCAAAGGACUUGAUGCCGACAUAGUAUAUCAACACCUGUGAAUUAACAAUUCCCGUUUUGUAUUGAUGUGGAUUUCGAAAGUAUUAGGCUAUAGGGCAGACGUGUUGUGACGGAACACUAUUCAUACUACCCAACAUUUGCUAGGGAUAUUGUGAGUAGCAAGAUGGCCGAUAAAUCUGCUUGGUUGUUCGGAGAUGUUGGACAUGGAUUAG